AUGUGCACCAAAAGCACUCAAGCGCUCAAGCGCUCUGUUGCGCAUCAUUCACGAACAAGGUUGAUUCUAAACGGUCUCAGAACAUAUAGACCAUCGAAUAACCCCUCCCAGUCUUGGAGUCAACCAUACAUAAAUUUGAGUAAGCUGCAGACACAUCUACACAUGGCACCGAAAUUCCUUGACAUCUCAAAGUCGAACUCCACACCUCCAACUAACCCCCGGCCUAGCCGCCACAACAAGCCCGUUAAAAAUUAUGUAGACCUCAUUGAUAAGCUGCGUGAUCCCACAGCAGCUGGUCCCAUCAGCAAAUGGAUGAUAACAGGCCGAGUCGAAGGCCACCCAGUCGGAGUGCUAUAUCCUAAUCAGUACCAGCCAAAGCUACGGCCCUCUAAAAAUGAGUUAAGCCCAGAAGAAUACGAGAGCUUUUUCGAAGAAGACAUGAGUGGCUCUUUGAGCGGCUCUAUGAGUAGCUAUGCAUCUGCUGGACAGGAUCAGACACACGAGGAGAAGUCGAAAAAGCUACGGGAAUGCGAAGAAUCUCUUGAGGUUCCACAUCAAGGCUUAGUUGAAGAAGACUCGUGCAAGUCUCAAAAGCCCAUCGUGCAUCAGAAGUCAGUGAUCAAACGGUACCCAUAUCCUCCACAGAUCUAUACCCGGAACCGUUCCAACGAGGAGUAUAUGGCGCUUUUCGCUACUCUGAUGAACACAGAAGGCCUCAAGGACGACAGCAAAGGCUCACAGCAGCAGCUAGCUUGCUAG